UGCGCGGCGUGCCCACGUGGCCGAGCGGUUUGGAAUGUGAGGCGCGAGGCGCGCGUUUGAAAAAAAGGCCCAGGCCCGUGAGGCGGCGGCGGCGGCGAAGAGACAGCAGGAGAGGUGAUGUCCUCUAUACUUGAUGCGUGCUCUCCUUCCAAUUUACUGCGCAAUGAUCGACGACGCCUGAGACAUUUUGGUGUCGUACAGAUCAUGGUAGGAAUAAUUAACAUAGCGUUUGGCUUCCCGCUUUACUUUGCACAACCAUUCGUCCUCGCCAUUCGGCUUUGGAUCCCUUGGUGGACAGGAUUUCUGUUUGUGAUUUCAGGAGCACUGACAAUGCUGCAUGUCGAUUCGCCAGACCCACGCAUGAAAAAGUUGGCAAUGAUCUUUAACUUCGUCAGUGCGAUCGCAGCAGCCCUGGGAGCUGUGGUGGAUAUCCUCUCAACCAUGGUAUCUGGCGUUUAUAUAGGGAAACCACCUCUGUUGAUACUGAUUUUGCUUUUUCUGUACUCUGUGGUGGAGCUGUUCAUAGCGUUACUAGCCGGCAUCAUCAUCUGCAAAAAUUAAUGAAGAGGCUUGAGGGACAAAGUGAUGCCCCUGAAAUGAAACAAAUGCACAGUUGCUUCACUCGGGUUGGGAGCUGGACCCAGGAGCCUCGCUGUGGACAAUAGAAGUUCAUGUCCCUUUAAGACACUAAUAGCAGGUUCAACAGAAAAUGGCCUUUGCUGCAAAAAUGGGUUGGCUGUUUGCAGCACUGCUGAGUGAGAAGAUGCUCUGUAUAUAUUUAAAUAUUAAAGUUACGUGUAUGGACAUAGCACUGUAUGGCUAGUCUGAUUGGCAACUGUUUAAUGAAGAGCAGAGUUACCGGUGUGUAAUUAUUAAAACACAAAGUAACUGAAA